AUGUUUUCCGGUACAAAAACAGGGUGGGAAUUAUAUGAAGAAUUUAAAUCCGAGUUUUCACCAUCAGCUGUUGUCGCAUUGUUUCAUCAAAAAUUAAAAUACGCGUUACCACCAAUAUACGUUUACGACAAGUCGAAGGUCAAUAGAAAAUACUCGUGUAAAUUAACUUAUGAGAACGAAGAGUGGGAAACCGAACUAUUGUACGACAGACAAAAGGAUGCAAAAAAUGCUAUAGCUAAAGUGGCGUUAAAAAUUUUAACAAAUCUCGCUUGGGGCCUAACUUACAUCUCAUUUCGAGAAUCUGUUGGAUGGAAACCGCCAACUUUGGAUAACGAUUUGUUAAAAUUUUUAACGCCACUUUAG